AGGCGGGGAGCGGGGGCGGGGCCGCCGCGCGCUGCAGGAAGGACGCUGGCGCCGCGGGCUUCCGGGGGCUGAGUUCGCUUCGCGAUCGCGCGUCUGCAGCAUGCGGCCCGUUCCCCGAACGCUCGAGCUGUUCUACGAUGUCCUGUCCCCCUACUCCUGGCUGGCCUUCGAGGUGACGCCGGGGAAGCAGCUUCGCCCGGGGCUUGGGGAGACAGAGGCAGAGGGAGGGGUCAGGAAAGAGCGCGGGGACCUCGGUCUCGUGAAUUUCCUGGCAGUGCCCUACGCGGUUUCGGGCAAGCAGGUCCUGUGCCGAUAUAAGAAUAUCUGGAACAUCAGCCUGCAGCUGCAGCCGACGUUAAUUGGAGGGAUCAUGAGAGACAGCGGAAACCAGCCGCCAGCUAUGCUUCCCCGCAAAGCCGUAUACUUGAGAAGUGACGUUAGGCUCCUGAGCCAGCAUCACCAGGUUCCCAUCCACUUCCCCAAGGAUUUCUUCUCUGUGAUCCUUAAGAAAGGAAGUUUGACAGCCAUGCGCUUCCUCACUGCGGUGAAGAUGGAGCACCCGGAGCUACUGGAGAAAGUGUCCAGAGAACUGUGGAUGCGCGUCUGGUCACGGGAUGAAGACAUCACGGAGCCCCCGAGCAUCCUGGCUGCUGCAGAGAAGGCUGGCAUGUCCAUGGAACAAGCCCAGGAACUUCUAGAAAAGGUCUCAACACCACAAGUGAAGAACCAGCUCAAGGAGACCACUGAGGCAGCCUGCAAAUAUGGUGCUUUUGGGCUGCCCGUCACUGUGGCCCACCUGCAUGAUGAAACCCACAUGCUCUUUGGCUCCGACCGAAUGGAGCUGCUGGCGCACCUGCUGGGAGAAAAGUGGAUGGGCCCUGUGCCUCCAGCUGUAAACGCCAAACUUUAAGCCCAAAGCCCAGAGGAAGCAAGACGAUUGGUAUUAAAAAGCAGACCAUCUGCUUAGUCCUCCUCCACUGUGGGGCCCUGGGAUUCUGGUUUCCUAUCUGAUAGAGGUUCUUGUCCGGCCCUGGAGUGUGCUGGGGGCGGGGGGCGGCGGGCAGGAUAAUACACCAUCUGCCGUUAGUCUCACCAAGUGCCUCUGAGAAUCUCCAACUCUGCUUUCCACAGAAUAAACCUAAUGCCAUUAGGCAUCAUAUUUCUCA